AAUAAAAUAUUACCACACAAGGAAAAUCAUUGUGGUGUCCAUAAAGAUAAAAUAAAUAGGCAUAAAUCUAGCGUACACAUUUACCCAAAUUAUUCACGCGAAUUGUAGCAGGCGUAAUGACGGAUCAAAUUAACCUGGUUGACCAAUAGUGGCAAGAGACACAUGUAUAUAAGGAAUGGACACCUGUCAAAGUGGGUUGUCCGUCAAGAAUCAGGAACCACAAUUCUGAAGACUGCGAAAUCACCUUCUUGGAAUGGAAUACGUCUUGGGACAGAGGAUCAGACGCCAAAGGGAGAGGGUCUACCGGCCCAGACACACCUAUCUCUCCCUGAGUGAGGAGGAAUGCAGGCGUAAGCUACGCCUGACCCGUCAGGCUGUCACCGACAUCUGUCAUCUCCUGGCAGAUGAGCUGGGGACUGAUGCACGCUGUCCCUAUGCCCUCCCCGUUGCAGUGAAAAUUACAGCGGCACUGCAUUUCUAUGCAUCUGGGUCGUUCCAGCAUCCCCUUAGUUGUAUUGGACGCAUUUCACAAUCGGCAGUAAGUUCGGCUAUACAUGCAGUUACGUCAGGUCUAGUCCAACAUGCUGGGGAAUACAUCAAAUUCCCCGUUACACCUGACAGCCAGGAAAGAACUAAGCAGGAGUUUUGGACCAAGUAUGGGUUCCCUGGCGUCCUUGGUGCUAUAGACUGCACCCAUGUGCAGCUACGUGCCCCAUCACUAAACGCACUCACAUACAUAAACCGGAAGGGAACUCAUUCAAUUAACAUCCAAGUAAUUUCCGAUGCUAAUUGUCGAAUAAAUCAUGUCUUUGCCAAUUACCCUGGCUCAAGCCAUGACUCCUUCAUAUUGGCAAACUCGACCAUUCCUGCCAUAUUCGAGGGGAAUCCUCCCUUGGAUGGGUGGCUGUUGGGGGACAACGGCUAUCCGUUGAAGACAUGGCUCAUGACCCCAUUUCUUAUGCCUGCAACAGUGCGCGAAAUGGCAUUCAACAGAAAACACACACAAACACGCAGUGUAAUUGAACGUACUUUCGGAAUUCUGAAAAUGCGCUUCAGGUGUUUGGAUAGGUCAGGUGGUACUUUACAGUAUGGUCCUCAAAAAGUCGCAGCAUUCUUUGUGGCAUGUUGUGUUUUACACAACAUUGCCAUGAAUCAUGGAUGUGUCGAUGACAUUAAUGAGGAUAGAUUAGAGGACUUAAUGAGACGUGAUGCUGAACUGCAUGUGCCGAUGCCAUUACGUCCAAAUGCCCCAGCAGCAGCACGGGAGAGGAGAGCUCAUCUGUCAGAGGAGCUGCAUCGUAUAUAGUGAGGUAAGCAAACUAAUGACAUCUCCGCUCUAUUGUUUAGCAUUGUACAAAUAUUACCAUGCAUUCAUAACCUUGUGAGUCAGAGAAAGUGAGCCCAAAACAUCGGAAAGUAUAGUAUGUCCUUGAGACAUUUUUUAUUCGGCUUGUCCAAAUGUUAGGCGUAAAUGAAAAAAAAUAAUACAAAACGAAAAAUGAAAAGUUGCAAAGAUUUGAAGGAAAAAAUAUUUAUUUUCUCCCUCCUCUGUAAGGCCUUUUACGCCUGCCUCGGCGGGAUCCAACAAAUGAGGGUCCGGGAGUGGCGACGCUGGAUGUGCUCCUGGUGGAGCGGGUGGACGGAGAUGGAAUGGGGGAGGAAGGGG